AUGAGUGUAACCUACGGCUUAUCAGUCAUCACUCCGUAGCUCGAGUCAAAACCUUCUUAGAGCGCUCCGCUCGGUAUAAGCACCUUCAUCGUCGAUAAUGAAAAUGACGUGUUCCCGUUAUCCUUCACACUUUACCCUGUUCUAGAGAUAACCGCCGUGGGUAAAAGUCUGUCACACAGAGACCGGAUUGUCAGUCAUUAGUCAGACAGGACAGAUGACCGGUACUUACUGGAGAUAUGGUCAUUGUUGUUGUUUGUUGUUGUGAAGGCUAACGUUAUCAACAUAAUGCCCAGCCAUGAUAAUGUUAUAAAUGUGGCUUACGAUAUCAACACUUCUAAAACAAUGGAGUCGCCCUAUGUCCAGCUGGAGAAACAGGAACCGGGGGCCGCGCCUCAGAGGAAUAAAAGUCGACUGAGGGAGAAGUUUUAUCACGUAUUUAUCCUUGUUGUCAUGGUGGUUCUCACACAUCUCGCGCUGCACGCGCAGUGGGUGCUACCUAUCUUUUACGCCAUAUCAUUACCUAUCGUCAUUUCAAUUCGCAUCGUCAUCUAUUUUAAACACAAAUGGCACUACUUUCUUUUGGAUUUCUGUUACUAUGCCAACCUCUCCUGGUAUAUUUUUAUAUGGAUAGCAGACGCUCCCCUGAUGUUCGCGGUGGUGUUCGGGAUCGCCAAUGGUCCCCUAUUGUGGGCAAUGGUCGUGUACCGGAACUCGCUAGUCUUCCAUAACCACGACAAAGUGUCAUCGUCCUUCAUACACAUACUACCCGGAAUACUCUCGUUUGUAAUCCGUUGGUACCCGGAAACAACAUCUCAGUACUGGGUGAAUACAUUCAACCCCGGAAACACGGAAUGGGAUCCGGAAAUGCUUAUCUGGCUCUUUCUAGUUCCUCUCUUCUGUUUUGUCUUCCACAGUGGUAUGUACGCCUUGGUGAUAUACGUGAUAAAGAAACCAGGACCGGAACAUAUCCUCAGCUUUACCUACCUCGGAACCAAGAAAGGAGGCUGUGUACAUAAAAUGUUUAACUGCUGUGGGGAAGGGUUCCGAAAUGUUUGUUUUUUCUUCUUUAACUGGCUGUUUUGUUUCGUCGCUCUGAUCGGUGUCCCACUUAGUUUCUAUUUCUUUGCCGCCCACUGUGUCCUCCUGGUUACGCUCUCGCUAGUUAUCCUCUAUAACGGGGCCAGCUACUACAUGCACGUGUUCAGUGUCCGAGGUUUUGUCGAUGAACUCGAAUAGAGACUUUUCGCCUGGAAACUGCUCUACAGAGCAACGAACGUGAUUGUGGGCAUCCGCGGAGAUAUGGACAACCGAACAUCCGUGUGGACGGACGGACAGACUUAGUCUGUGUGGACGAUUGGACAGUCCGCAUUUGUGGAUGUUCUCUCAACUCCGUAUCGAAGUUUGGAGAACCAUGGCUUGUGCGUGGUCUUUGUCUUUGUGUUGACAAAAUGCAAACACUAUUUUCUCUUUGACAUUUCUAAGUGUCAAAUUUUGUGGAUACGACCACUUACCGGAUAUGACUUCUCUUUAAAAAUCGGACAAAUUUUGGACUGAUAUGAUUUCGGCACAUCACCUGAUCAUUCGCCAUCACUUUUUGUUACAUUGACUGUUUCGCAUGUAUAUCUCGUCAUCAGUGUCAAACAUGUCCAAAUCAGGACCUUCUAUAUAACAUCUCUAAACCGGAAACUACAAUGUGGCAUCUUUAAAAAGGAAAUCAGCGAAUAAUCUCUAAACCGGAAGCUACGAUGAAUCAUCUCUAAAAAGGAAAUCGGUGAAUAAUCUCUAACCGGAAAACUACUAUGUAACAUCUUUAAUCCGGAAAUAAGUUCAAUGUCCCGUUCAAACAGAUCACAUGUACGCUGUAUAUGGUAUAUUAAUCCUACAAAGGGGCUUGUUUACAUAUUGUGAAAUGUUAUCGCCAAUAUGUGCAUUGCAAACUGGUAAUCUUUAAUGAUGUAUUAUAGGGAAUGUAUGAAAUGGUUAUUGUCUAGAAGUGUAUUUUGUCUUUAUUGUCAAAUGACAAAAUGGAAUAUAUACCGUGUAUAUAACGUCAAAUGACUCAUCAUCAUAAAGUGUAGAUCGUUAAAUUAGAUUAUUUUGAUUGGUGAUCGUCAGAUGUCACAUUGUGAAGAAAUGGAAAACGCAAAGUCCACGUAAGCUGUACUGUAUUUAUCAAACCUUUCAUUGUGAAGAGUAAUAUUUGUCAAUUUUGGGGUAGGAUCUUCAAUUGAUAUUUUUAUGGACUAUACCAUCAAACUGUUAUUGGACCAGUGGUUAUUAAAUUGCUGGGCUUCUCGACUCAAAUGUGAACAUUAAUAGUCAAAUCGCUAAUCAUGAACUAAUAUAGUAAUCACCAAGUCGUGCAUUUUAAGCUAGUGUAAAAGGAGCGGAUCACUGUGGCUUUUACGUAGUAUAAAGUCGACUGACCAUGCGGAUUCUCUGUCACUCGGCUGACAGCUGGGCAUUUGGCUCAGUUGGUAGAGCCGGGGAUUAUCACACGGGAGACCCGGGCUCGAUUCCUGCCGGGCACACGCCAGGAAUGUGUGAAUAGUUCUUCCGUGCCAGUUAUUUCCAAUAUGAUCUUGUUGUCGUCAAGUGUCAUUUAUCAAUUGGGCUCUUUAUGGGAAAUAUAUAUUUUUUAUAAUUUUGCAAAGAACUUUUUGUGAACUACUUAUUGUAGUAAAUAUAUGACCUAUUUAUGAACUUAUCAGAUGGACUUGUGGUGAUGCUAUCUUCUGAACUGGUCGUUGACAAACUGCCUUGUCAACUGACCAGGGAGUGUUUCGUAAACAGUUGGAAAUAAAACAGGUUUUACUGAC